GUUGAAGUUGACGGUAAUUGUUUGGAAAGGUAGGUUGGAAAGAAUUCUUGACGGCGUUGUUUUGCAGGGUAUCACCUUGUAUAAGAAUUUGGUACGGCUCUAUGCAUGCAAUACUUUCUGAUUACUAUUCUCCAAUGUUAAGCAUACUGUGAAUAUGAAGCUGAGCAGAAGCUUUGUUUCGUCAUUGUUAGCAUUGUAUUCUUUGCUGGGCCGGUGUGCGACAAAGGCAGACUGCAAACUGGCAGGUAAACGAGGUGAGCAUUGUUGUCAAAUGCUCUAACAGAUUCCCCUUUCUCUAAACUAGACUUUUAAAUGAUUUAAAGUUUAGGGAUAGGGAAUCUGUUAAAGUUUACCUCGUUUACCAGCCAGUCUGCAAGUCUGCAGUCUGCGUUUGUCGUAAACCGCACUCCGCCAUAGCCGCACUGUGACACUGUUGGGUAUGUGGUUGAGGCCAGUGUACCUUUGUCGCAGAGGUUAUUCUUGAAUUUUGCUCUGUGUCAGAGAGAGUCAGCAGUGAAACAGUGAAAAUGAGAGGAGAUGUCGUGAAGCGGCUCGCUCUCUCUCACACGGAGAAAAUUUACAAGGAAGACCUCUGGGUAUAAAGGCCAGUGCGAUGAUGUGGAUACUCUUGAAUAUUUUCCUUACCUAACAGUACCAGAAUGCAACCUAUAGCUAGUCCUCAUUUUGGUAUUUUGCCCUUGGGUGAUACCUGGGGCGACAGGGUUUGCCUAAAAGCAGGAAUCCAGGAAAAAAGUAAUAAUGCUUAGCUUAAUAAUGAUCGUCUCCACUCAGAUAGCACUUUUUCCAUAAACGUCCAAAAGCUCUCAGGAAUCUGGAAAACUAGACGCUGUUCCAGAUGUAUACCUGCUGACUUUUUCUGAGUCAAAUGUGUGAGCCUUCACCUUGUCAUGACUGGAAUUGCCAGAAAUGUCCCAGUGACUUCCAAAUAUAUUGGAUGACUUUCAGAAGACUUCUGAACGUUGCAAUAAAAUAAUGUCCUCAGAUGUUCCACAAAAGUUUGAGCACUUCCGAAGCUACUUAAAAGACAACAAUUUUAGGGUGCAUUGAUUUCGUUAGGGCACAAAGUCAUCUGCCUUUUUGGAUUAAAUUUUCAUUAUUUAUCAUGUGUUAAAGAACAAUUUGUCCAGAUGUGUGAGUCAGGCGUGAGAAAUUGUCCUUGAUGCGUUAGAUCAAUAUCUUAAGUCUGCAGGUGUGAGACUCAUGCAUAAUGCAUGAGAGUUGGUAGGUACACAGAUGUAAUCUUAAGUGAAGCAAACUAAAGCCCUUUAUUGGGUGAGAAGAGCGAUUUUAAUACCCAUUACUAGGGAUGGAAAGGAGAAAAGCUUAUAUAAACCCUUAUGAAUGGGACAUAGCCUCAUGUUCUCAGAGGGAUUUGCAUUAAUAAGACAUUUUGUCAUUGAAUUUUAGACAUGGCUGUUAAAAUCUGUGUCAGUCCUCGGUCCUCACUUAUGGAUCGCCUGGUAAAGAUAUGCGUAUCAGGACUUCAAGCUGGGCAACAAGUUACUUUACAUUCUUCUGUGGUUGGUGAUGCCAAUGAAGUAUUUGAAUCCAGUGCCCAUUAUGUUGCCAAUGAACAAGGUGAACUUAUAAAGUAAAGCCUUGAUUGUUAUUAUGAUUAUUAUAAUUAUUAAUUGCCCAAUCGGCUCCUGUAAUUGCAUAAAUUGUUAAAAACAUAGAUUACCAUUACCAGUAAUCUUGUAUACCACUAUUGUAUGGCUGGCUCCUCAAGCUUUAAUUCAAUAGGUCAUUUUCAUUGCUAGCUUGAUUUACAUGGGUAGUCAUGAAAUAAGAACACAAAUAUGUCCAAGCCUUUUGUACUUAAAUCAUGAGGCUUUAAAUUUGAUACUGAAAAUAAUUCUGUGAUGUAAAAAAGUUCAAUGUAUUAUAUUUUAUGACAGUUUAACAAAUAAAAAACAAUCAAUUCAGCAGUGAGCACUGAUUUGUGACAAAAAUCUGUGAUAUGAAAAAAAGGAAAACAAAUGUUUUUGUAAUUUAUUAUUGUUUUUUGUAAGCAAUCAUCAUCAUGCUCAUCUUAAGCUUGGUGUAUUUAGAUAUGACUAUCAAACACUUUAUUACUAAAACUUCUCUUUUAGGGUCAACUAUAAACAACAGAUAAAACAAGUUUUGUAUAUACAAACUAAGAAAACUUGUGCCUUUUCAGAGAGAUAGUAAUUUGGAGCAAUCAAAGAUUUCCUGUUAGAUGAUGUAGAGGGUGGGCCGAAAUCUGUAAGAACGGCUCACAGGAUUGGUUUAGAAAACAAUAGAUAGCCCUAAUCCUAACAAAACUAACAAUGAACCCCAACUCUGAAACAAUAGAGCUUAGGGCCAACAAGAAGCUAUCAAAAUAGAGGUUCCGAAGAGGUUCUGGCCAACAGGAUGUAGAAGCCAUUUAUUUACUCUUAAGUACAGAAGCUGUAAUCUCAAUUUGUUUGAGGGAAUGCAAUUCUGCAAAGAGAUAAAAAUUGGAUAGUCCAAUAAGAAGCCUGGAAUUGGACCCAUCUAACAGUGUGGGAGGAGGAAGGCAACGGCUCGCCAUUUCUCUUUUCUCGUCUCUCCUCUCACAUUCAACAGCUUACCUGUAGAUAUCUUACUCGCUUGUAUGACAGUGUUUCUUACUAUCAUGUUUUUUCAUUAUAUUUGUAAAGGAAAUGUUGACAAUUCUUGUGACACUUCUCAUGGUGGUUCAUACACUGGCAUUGAACAGAUGGGCUUCCUGUGGAGUAUGAUACAAGCACCAGGUCAGAGGAAAGGAUUGCGGCUUAUGAAGAAAGAUGUCACCAAGCCGUACACCAUUCAACUGAAUUGCUUUGAUGGGCAUCUAGCACCAGACGAAGGAUUUGUUAACAGUUUAACAAAAAACAGUUUGAAACCACUGACAAGUACAACAAUGCAAAAAUGGUAUAUGAGUGAAAGGGUAAAAAGAGUCGAAGUCAGAGAGGGGAGAGUGCGUGGAACUUUGUUUAUACCCCCAGGAAAUGGACCUUUUCCAGGUAACUUAUUAUUACCAAUUAGGUUAUUUUUUAUAAUACAGUAGAACCUUGAUUCAAAAUUCUUGAACACGGGUAACCCAAAUUCGCCACUAACUCGAACUAAAUUUCCUCUCCCUUAAUCAAAAUUUCACCGAAAUUUAUCCCAAUAACUUGAAUUCCCCACUAACUGGAACUGUUUUUCAUUUUCCUUCAGAGUUUGAGUUACCGGGGUUCUACUGUAUUUGAUAUUUAACUUUGUAAAGCUUUUAGUAAAGAGAUUAGUGUCAUUCAACAAGUCAUGUUGCUUGCAAAUGAGCAGAAAUUAACCAUGAUAUUAGCUGACUGUAUGUUUAAGUUUAUAUAUUAUGUUAGUCCCAGUUUAGGUUCACGUUUGACCACAAGGAGUUUUGGAAGAGAAUAUGACUAAUGCCAUGUUGUAGUGAUGUGUGGCAUGUUUCUUUAUUGCCUUUGCUCAUUCAAAAAUGAAACACUUACAUGAUUUUCUUGCCCUAUUUCAGACCAGGCACCCGUUUCUCAAAAGUCUUGAUGAUGAUCAACCAGCUCAAGAAGCUGUUGUUGUUUAUUUGCAAGUUACAAUUUAGAGGUUUUUUAACAUUUAUCAAAUGCACUGGUUUGUUAGCAUAGCUUGGUCUCAUGCUUUUCUUAAUUUGAUUUUGAUUUGAAUAUUUGAUUUGGGGUCUGUAAAGUUGCUGGAACUUUCAAGAAACAGGCCCCUGAACUGAAAUUCAAUAUUUCGCUGUUACAGUGUGGCUUUGGUUUGUAUGAACCAAGAAGGUCUUUUAGUUCCCAAAUGUUAAUCCAACUGCUCUUUUCAGGAGGUGAGCAAUAACAAAAAGUUUUAUCUUUUUGUUAGACUAAAGUAUUGUUGUUUUUAGCAUUAAUUAUAGAGCAAAUUAUAAUACAAGAGAAGCGUUUAAGAAGUUAGUAAAGUAAAGUAAAACUUUAUUUACACAGGGUAGCCCAUGCAGCUCUAAGGCUGGUCUCCAUAGGGGCCGAGUAUCUUAAAAAAUUAAUUUACAUCAAGAAUUUUAAUGAAUGAUUACAAGAAGAUUUUACUGUUAAAUUACUCUUGUCCUUCAGGUGUGAUUGACUUAUUUGGAACAGCAGGGGGUUUAAAUGAAUUCAAAGCUUCUCUACUUGCAUCACAUGGAUUUACAGUUCUCUCACUGGCUUAUUUUGGAUUUGAUGACUUGCCAAAGAUGUUACCUUACUGUGAGAUGGAGUAUUUUGAAGAGGCUGCAGACUGGCUUGUUAAACACCCUGCUGUUAUACCCAGUGGUAUUGGUGUAAUGGGUGUGUCAAAGGGGGCAGAAAUAACAUUAAUGAUGGCCAUUCACUGCAAGGAUAUCAUUAAAGCUAUAGUCCCCAUCUCAAGUUCCUACAUCAUCUCAGCUGUGCCUUUCAAACAUAAGGGCAAGUUGUCAGGCAGUUACUAUGAUACUAGUCAAGUCAUGGUGAAUGAAGAUGGUGCAUGUAUUUUCAAAUACUGCAUUCCUGUACGUGGCCUUGAAAAAGUUAAUCCACCAGUCGUAAUCCCAGUUGAAGAAAUUAACUGCCCAAUGCUACUUGUUUGUGGAGAGGAUGAUGAAAGUGCGUCAGCUUCUGGAAUGGCACAAGAAAUCCUUUCUCGUAUGAAUCUCCAUAGCAAGGGUGAUUUGUGUUCUAUUGUGAGUUAUCCUGGCACAGGACAUCUGAUUGAGCCUCCCUUUUCACCUCACUGUUAUGCAUCAUAUCACAAGACAUUUAAGAUAAACUUUGCCUGGGGAGGAAAUUCAAAGGACCAUUCCAGGGCUCAGGAGGAUUCUUGGAGGAAAAUUUUGGAAUUUUUCAGUAAAAAUCUUCAAAAGUCAAACAGUCAAACCCUCAGCAGUCAUCUUUAGG